AUGCAGCACCACAAUGAUUGCACUCGACAGUUGUACUAUCUUGGUGUCUUGGAUAGAUCGAUAGUUGCUGAUUUUGGUUGUUCUGGGAGGAGUUCGAAUGAGCAGCGUUCUAGUGAAGAACGGUUGAUCGAUAUCAUCGAAAGUGCUCAACAGUGGGGUAAAUUACCGAGUGAUUGGUCAAAAUGUAGACUUGUUUCUGUUGAUGUUACAAAACAUGGUCUCAAGUUAACAGAUGCAUCCGACGGGAUGGUUCUAGAUCGAAUAGCAUUAUUCCACAUUGUGCAGUGUGUUUCAUAUGAAAAUGGUUUCGGUCAUUUUUGCGUGGUUUUUUUGGUCCAAAAACCACUAAGUAAGAGUAUGCAGUGUUAUGUGUUCCAAACUAGCGCUAUCUCAGAUGCCGAUGAUGUCUGUAAGCAAUUGGGAGAGGUAUUUAAUGCUGCCGUUAAAUGA